CACUGGCCGCAUAUUUAAAAAAAAGUGUGAGACCCCCAAUUGGACUGUUCUUAUUGGAGCUGAGCUAGCACGUGCACGGAGAUCACAGAUCGAAUAUCAGCACCAUGGUUGCCCAGAACUCGGACAAAAUGCGCGCCCUGGCCCUGAAGCUGUUCGAGAUCAAUGCCUUCAAGUUCGGCGACUUCAAGAUGAAAGUGGGCAUCAAUUCGCCGGUUUACUUUGAUCUGCGUGUGAUCGUCAGCUAUCCGGAUGUGAUGCAAACAGUAUCCGACCUCCUGGUGGAUCACAUCAAGGACAAGCAGCUGACCGCCAGGCACGUGUGCGGAGUUCCGUAUACGGCCCUUCCACUGGCCACCAUUGUAUCCCUGCAGCAGGGUACUCCAAUGUUGGUCCGGCGCAAGGAGGCCAAGGCCUACGGCACCAAGAAGCUGGUGGAGGGCAUCUUCAAUGCCGGCGACACCUGCCUGAUUGUCGAGGACGUGGUCACCUCCGGGAGCAGCAUCCUGGACACAGUGCGGGAUCUGCAGAGCGAGGGCAUUGUGGUCACCGACGCCGUGGUCGUCGUGGACCGGGAACAGGGCGGAGUGGCCAACAUCGCCAAGCAUGGCGUCCGGAUGCACUCCCUCUUCACGCUCUCCUUCCUGCUGAACACCCUGCACGAGGCGGGUCGCAUCGAGAAGUCCACCGUGGAGGCGGUGGCCAAGUACAUAGCCGCCGUCCAAAUCAACAGCGAUGGAACCUUUGUCGGCGGCGAUAAGGCCGACGUGGUCGGAGCCAACGACCUGCAGCGCACCAAACUGACCUACGAGAGUCGAGCCAACUUGGCCAAGAGUGCGGUGGCCAAGCGGCUGUUCAACCUGAUAGCCAGCAAGCAGACGAACCUCUGCCUGGCCGCCGAUCUGACCCAUGCGGAUGAGAUACUGGUUGUGGCCGACAAGUGCGGUCCGUAUAUUUGCCUGCUGAAGACGCACGUGGACAUCGUCGAGGACUUUAGCGAGAAAUUCAUCAGCGACCUGCAGGUCCUGGCCCAGCGGCACAACUUCCUGCUGAUGGAGGACCGCAAGUUCGCGGACAUUGGCAAUACGGUGUCCCUGCAGUACGGCAAGGGCAUUUACAAGAUUUCCAGCUGGGCAGACCUGGUGACGGCCCACACAUUACCUGGACGCAGUAUUCUGCAGGGUCUGAAGGCGGGCCUUGGCGAGGAAGGAGCCAGCAAGGAGCGCGGAGUCUUCCUGCUGGCGGAGAUGUCGGCCAGCGGCAACCUGAUCGAUGCCAAGUACAAGGAGAACAGCAACAAGAUCGCCACAGAGGGCGCCGACGUGGAUUUCGUGGCCGGUGUGGUGUGCCAAUCCGCCGAAGCCUUUGCCUUUCCUGGACUUUUGCAGCUGACCCCGGGAGUGAAGAUCGACGAGAGCGUGGACCAGCUGGGCCAGCAGUACCAGAGCCCAGAACAAGUGGUCAAGGAACGAGGAGCCGACAUCGGCGUGGUGGGCAGGGGCAUCCUGAAAGCCAACAAUCCGGAGCAGGCGGCCCAGACCUACCGCGAUCGCCUGUGGGCAGCCUACCAGGACCGAGUAGCCAAGUAGAAGAUACUGCCAUCAUUUCCUCUAUACAAAUAUUCCCACACCCCCAUUCCCCCGGUUUCGGUUACCCUAGUUAAGUGAAAAACAUCCAAAUUCUUUUCCAUGAUUUUAUAAUGCAUUUAUGAAUUGAAUAUAGGCUAUGAAUCUUCCACAGAAAAAAGGCAAACGAUGUUUGCCUUCAGAUAAAAGUUACAACAAAUAUAAUGGUUAACAAUCGA